UGGAUGGACACUGUCCGAUCCCCAGUGAGAAAGAUCUCCGAUCAGGAUCUCGUGUGGGGGCAUGCAGCAGGCGAACCAGUAGGGUCCUGUACUGUACUAUUGUAGGUAGCCAUAGCCCAUAGACUCAAAGUCAAAGGGCCGAGAGCAAGCGUGCCUGGGGAGAGACUGACCAUGGGCUCAACCCCUUGCAUUUCAGCCACGUUUGUUUUUCGGGGCCACUGAAACCUUAUUGUGCUGUGCGAGGUCCACUCUUCUGAGAAAACCUUGUGCCAAUGCAAGUUGUAUGAGAAUACACUACCAGUAACUUGUGUGGAGCAUUCGUUUUGAUUCUCAGCAGACAGCAGUCACCACCAUUCAAGUCUUUGCAUAGUCCACUUGGAGAAAAGCACAAUUUGCCGCCAAAACCUUGUGAAACGGCCCCGCGCCUUCCAGGCAACCGGCUAUAAAUUGCCGCCACCACCCUCCCUUCCUCGUCCUCAGAGUCACUUCACCAGCCACAGCCAACCACGAGCUCAGUGAGUGCCCGAGUCGUAGCCGCCUUUGAAAUUUCAAUUUCCACGCGGAGUCGUCUUUGUGUCGCUCAGCACCUGAAGUGGUAGCAGUAGCAGCUCGUCUUGUCGACCGAAGGCUGUAUAAAUUGCUGCAGAGAUGGGGGAGAACGUCGUGCCCAAGCACUGCUACCCGGCCGCCGCAGCGGCGGCCAUGGAGGUGACCUCCGUGGAGCUCGGCCACACAGCGGCCUCCAAGUGCUACGACGACGACGGCCGCCUCAAGCGCACCGGGACGAUGUGGACGGCGAGCGCGCACAUUAUCACGGCGGUGAUCGGGUCCGGGGUGCUGUCGCUGGCGUGGGCCAUCGCGCAGCUCGGCUGGGUGGCCGGCCCCACCGUCAUGCUGCUCUUCUCCUUCGUCACCUACUACACCUCGGCCCUACUCGCCGACUGCUACCGCUCCGGCGACCCGUGCACCGGCAAGCGCAACUACACCUACAUGGACGCCGUCAACGCCAACCUGAGUGGCAUCAAGGUCCAGAUCUGCGGCUUCCUGCAGUACGCCAACAUCGUCGGCGUCGCCAUCGGCUACACCAUCGCCGCCUCCAUUAGCAUGCUGGCGAUCAAGAAGGCGAACUGCUUCCACGUGGAGGGGCACGGCGAUCCGUGCAGCAUCUCGAGCACGCCGUACAUGAUCAUCUUCGGCGUGGCAGAGAUCUUCUUCUCGCAGAUCCCAGACUUCGACCAAAUAUCAUGGCUCUCCAUCCUCGCCGCCGUCAUGUCCUUCACCUACUCCACCAUCGGCCUGGGCCUGGGCAUCGUCCAGGUGGUCGCCAACAAGGGCGUCCAGGGUAGCCUCACGGGCAUCAGCAUCGGCGCGGUGACACCCAUCGACAAGGUGUGGCGCAGCCUGCAGGCAUUUGGCGAUAUCGCCUUCGCCUACUCCUACUCCCUCAUCCUCAUCGAGAUCCAGGACACCAUCCGAGCGCCGCCGCCAUCCGAGUCCAAGGUCAUGCGCCGCGCCACCGUCGUCAGCGUCGCCGUCACCACGCUCUUCUACAUGCUCUGCGGCUGCAUGGGCUACGCCGCCUUCGGCGACAACGCCCCCGGGAACCUCCUCACGGGUUUCGGAUUCUACGAGCCCUUCUGGCUCCUCGACGUCGCCAACGCCGCCAUCGUCGUGCACCUUGUCGGCGCCUAUCAGGUGUACUGCCAGCCGCUGUUCGCCUUCGUGGAGAAGUGGGCGAAGCAGAAGUGGCCCAAAUCCAAGUACAUCACCGGGGAGGUCGACGUGCCGCUCUCCCUCUCCGGCUCCGCCGGCCGGUGCUACAAGUUGAACCUGUUCCGGCUGACGUGGCGGACGGCAUUCGUGGUAGCGACGACGGUGAUCUCCAUGCUCCUGCCGUUCUUCAACGACGUGGUCGGGCUGCUGGGCGCGCUGGGGUUCUGGCCGCUCACCGUCUACUUCCCCGUAGAGAUGUACAUCGUGCAGAAGAAGGUGCCCAGGUGGAGCACGCGGUGGGUGUGCCUGCAGAUGCUCAGCCUCGCCUGCCUCAUCAUCACCGUGGCCUCCGCCGCGGGCUCCGUCGCCGGGAUCAUCUCCGACCUCAAGGUCUACAAGCCGUUCGUCACCACCUACUGAACGAUCGUUCCAUGCACUGAACAUAUGCACAGAUUGAUGGACAGAUGAUGGGCGCCUAGUAUGUGCAGUCUUUAAUUAAAAUUAGUUAUUAAUUUAUUACAACACGGUAAAGAAAGAAAAAGGAAAAGAAAAGAAAAGUGGUGUUCUUGGUGAUGCGUAUAGCUUGCAUUCGCCAAUGUACCGUGUCCUUGCUAAUUUCCAUUGUUUGUGAUCUGGUUAACUGAAAAAGGUAGUGAAUUAAGAGAAAUCAAAAGGUGUAUUUCCAAGUCAAA